UUAAACUGGAUUACUGAAUUUUUGUAAAAUGGAGUGUGUUUGGAUAAUGUUAAUCAGUCAAACCUUUCAAAGGGCUAUUCAAAACCAAUACAAUUGACCCUCUUUGUAAAUGAAAUAAAACCUAAAAAGGGCCGGCCUCGAGGAGUCGACGACCACAUAAAUUGGCGCCUUUGGAUGGACAUGGAGUGUUUUAAAUCAAAGUUUUAAACCAAUGUACAAGGCACACAGUAAGAGGCGAUGCCGGAAAAUAAUCAUCGCGCUGGUACCAGCAUUUUGUAUAGUAUACGUAUUCAUCUACAUGCAGUGCCCCCUGUUUAAUAUACCCACUCCCAAAAACCCUGCAAUAUCGACCAAGAAGCUGUUCUUAGCGACACCAAUGUUCAUGAGCCGAUGGCAUAUGAAUUUUGAUGAAUGUCCAGUUAAUGACUGUGUGACAACUGAGGAUUUCUACGCUGCGGAUGCUGUAGUGUUUCAUAACUAUGAGAUCCAGCCCUGGCUGUGGUGGUAUUCAACGUUUUACCAAAGACCACCGAACCAAAAGUGGAUUUUCUUCGGCCAAGAGUCUGAAGUACGAACAGCGUGGGAUUCUGCAUCGCUUAAUAAUAUUUUCAAUUGGACUGCGACGUAUAAACGAACGUCCGACAUAGUAGUUCCAUACGGAGGAUAUACACGUCUUACACAACAAGAACAAAUGACGCUACGGAAAAAAACCUUCGACUAUGCUCGAGGAAAGUCAAAGCUAGCUAUGAUCUUGUCCAGUCAUUGUGGAGCAUUAACAAGUGGCAGAUGGGAGCUGGUUGAAGAGCUCCAAAAAUACAUUAACAUUGAUGUGUUUGGAAAGUGCCAUAACACACCUUGUCCCGAGCCAUGUAACAUUGAGGAGAUGGGUAAACAAUACAAGUUCUAUCUAUCAUUUGAAAAUUCAAGAUGCGAAGAUUAUAUUACAGAGAAAUUUUGGGGUAAUGCCCUGGGAUCAGGGGAAAUGGUACCUAUUGUACUAGGUGGCUACAAUAAAACAGACUAUAGCGAUGUAAGUCCACCAAACUCAUUCAUACAUGCGACUGAUUUCAAAACACCGCGAGAACUUGCAAAUUAUAUGCUCCUACUUGACAAAGAAGAUGCUCUUUACAACGAAUACCAUAGGUGGAGACGUACUCAUAAAGUAUUCAAGCAAAAGAUUGUGAACAAAGACUGUAGUUUUUGUAAAAAUCUUCACAAUGCGACAAAGUUCGAGAAACAUUCCAUCCAUAAAGACCUCCAUACGUUUUGGAAUCGUCAAACCAACUGCAAAGUUAUCAACCUUCCCUCGGAUUCAUUUCAUAAUGCUGUGAUAAGUUACACAAGAUACCUGUUUGGAAUUAUAUGAUUGACACUUUUUAGUUCUACGUAGACAAAUGGGACAUAGACUUUCUAGUUCUACAUAGACAGAUGUAACAUACACUUUCUAGUUCUACGUAGAAAAAUGAGACAUAGACUUUCUAGUUCUACAUAGACAUAUGUAACAUACACUUUCUAGUUCUACGUAGAAAAAUGAGACAUAGAUUUUCUAGUUAAACGUAGACAAAUGGGACAUAGACCUUCUAGUUCUACGUAGACAAAUGGGACAUAGACUUUCUAGUUCUACAUAGACAGAUGUAACAUACACUUUCUAGUUCUACGUAGAAAAAUGAGACAUAGAUUUUCUAGUUAAACGUAGACAAAUGGGACAUAGACCUUCUAGUUCUACGUAGACAAAUGGGAUAUAGACUUUCUAGUUCUACGUAGACAAAUGGGACAUAGACUUUUAAGUUCUACGUAGACAAAUGGGACAUAGACUUUCUAGUUCUACGUAGACAAAUGGGAUAUAGACUUUCUAGUUCUACGUAGACAAAUGGGACAUAGACUUUCUAGUUCUGCGUAGACAAAUGAGACAUAGA